AGCAAGCCUUCAGUAGCUGUCAGGUCGUACCAGUAAAACUGGAGAUUGUUAAAAUCGGGUUGAUAAUAGAGCUGAUUACUACAGCUGUUCGUACUGGAGUGGGGUAUAUUGCAACUACUGGAACCAAACAUUUCUGAGCAGUUUUUAAAAAGGAAAAAAACAACCACAUCUCAGCUAGAUGGCUAGAAACAGAUGUCAAUUCACCUGCCAUGUUGUUGUUGUACUGGUUUUGCUUGUGUUAUUAGGGGAAGUAGAGGGCGUCACCAUUACAGUGUUCAGCCCCACUGUCAAUGCAGAAGCUGGAACCGAUGCAGUUCUGAGGGUCAAUUUCACCAGUGGGACAAAUCCCUAUGUGUCCUGGGAACUCGAUCUGUCCAUUGCUUCAUGGACCAUCAACUCGGACCAGCCUGCAGACAUUGCUGCCGCAUACAAGGGCCGGCUAACGAUAGACACUAAAGCCCCCUCUCUCACACUGAAUAAGGUCUCUAUUGCUGAUACUAAGAACUACAAAGUCACUAUGCGGGCAACUGGAGAAUCCAGUGACGAGAAAAUCAUCACACUCAACGUGUAUGAAAGGAUUACAUCAGUAAAUGUGGGUAUAUCUCCAGUGGAUCCGGUUGAAGGAAAGGAUGUCACGAUGACAUGUCAGAUCACAGGGACGGGCACAAAAUACUCGUGGAAGGUGAACGACGCCCCGGUAAAUCUGGACAGCCGGCAUGUGGCCUCAGGAAACGCACUGACCGUCAAGUCACUGGUCAGGACUGACAAGGGCCAGUACAGCUGCACUGCUGAAAACCCAAUUAACAGCCUGAAAAAAAGCAUUGAUCUGAUCGUUUACUAUGGUCCGGACGAUCCUGUGAUCAAAGUGGACAAUGCCAAUGCUGGGAUGCAGCACAAUGCACUGGUGGGAUCAACUGUCCAGCUGGACUGCGUGUCGGAGUCCCUGCCCGUCUCAUACAACUGGAAAUACAGCUCUGUGAAUACAGCCGGAGCGAGCAAGACACUGUCCAACAUCCAGAGGAGCCAGGAGGGGGACUACGUCUGUGAAGUGUCCAACGCCAAGACCACUCUCGCCAAGAGCAAAACCAUCACCAUCAAAGUGUACAAUAUGAUCCAAGGGCUGAGCGUGUCGACGAUCCCGGAGAACCCAAAGGAAGGGGAUGCGCAGGUGGAGAUAGCCUAUGCUACGGAUACGGGCUUAGGAACAGCCACAUGGCUGAAGGAUGGAACAGCUCUGCCCAAUGACCCGCGAUACAAUGUCACUCCGAACUCCCUGAAAAUCAACAGCCCUGGCCGGUCUGACUCGGGGGUCUAUACUUGCAACCUGAACAACCCCUUUAGCACUAGCUCUGUCCAGAAGACCAUCCGCAUCUUCUACGGCCCAGAGAAGCCACAGAUAUCUGUUACUUCCCUGGAGUAUCCUAAUCCUGUGAAGUAUAUCCUGGUUGGCAGCACUGUGUUACUGAAAUGCAAGGCUGAGGGUGAUCCCCCUGCCACCUAUUACUGGAACAUGGUGAACCAGGAUGAUUCCAGUGUGCCUGAGGGAGACACUCUGAACCUGAACAACAUCCAGGCAAACCAGGCGGGCAGCUACACCUGCAUCGCCGUGAACGACAAGACCAACAAGCGGGUGCGCAGCGUCAUCCCCCUCAACGUCUACCAGAAGCCUGCGAGUGCUGGACCCACGUGCUCGAUGACGCCGGCGAAUUCUGAUCUGCAGUUUCGCUGCUCAUGGCUGGGGGGCAUUCCAAAGGUCUCGCUGAAGUUCCACGGACUUUCUGAGGUAAAAGAGGCUAGCGAAACUCUGGAUCAGACCGAGACUGCAGCCAAGCUACCUGCGCUCAACGGCAAAGAGAUCACCUGCGUGGGAACACAUCCCAUAGCUCCCAACAACUGCUCCAUCACUCCCAGGUCUCCAGAAGGCAUUCUGCCAUCCCACAAUGCCACAGCGCAACCCUCUGGCAAAGUCUCUGUGAUAAUAUCCUGUAAGGGAAGCUCCCAGCCCCCGGCUACUGUCACAUGGUCUAAAGCAGGACAGUUGCUGACCUCAGCAGGGAUCUACACCAUAAGCAGUGACACCACAGAUCUGACCAUCACUGGGUUCAAUAUCAGUGGGGGUGAUCUGACAACAUACACCUGUGUCAGCACCAACCCGCUGGGCUCUCAAAAAGGCUCCAUCAACUUGACAGGCCCGGCGAUUUCCAAGUCUAGCAUAUUGGUGAACCCGGCUCACACAGUGGUCACAUUGACCUGGGAGACUCCAAGAGAUUCGGUUGUCACGGGAUUCAGUGUGCAGAUGACAGGCCCCGCCCUGCAGAGGAGCUCCACCUCCAGAGCCGCCACUGAUUGGAGGACUAUUCAGACGAAGGGGCCGGAAGUUCGCUCCACUGACAUCUCCCCCCUCCAACCAGGAGAGAUUUACCAAUUCCGGGUUAAACCGAUGGUGGGCCAAAACGAGGGGCCACCCUCAGAGACAUACAGUUUGGGCCAGGAUCCGGGAUUGAGUGCAGGCGCGAUCGCUGGGAUUGUGAUUGGGUCUGUCUUUGGAUUCCUCCUCCUGUUGCUUCUCCUGCUUCUUCUUAUCCUGUGUUGUCUGCGUAGGAAAAAGCAACGUAAAGAACCAAAGUACCCAGUGCCAAAAACUAAUGAAAGGGUAGCAACUGGUCUCUCCCAACCAAACAUACUACUGACAGGGGGAGUGGCAACGCAAAGGAACGGGCCCCCCAUUGGCAAUGGGAACAGGGCUUAUACACCUGAGCCCUAUACCCAGUAUAACAAAUCAUCCACCCUCCCCUCUUCUGCCACCCCUCCCGCUGUGCGAAUGGCUACCACAGUGUAAACCUGGACUUCCUGUGGCUGUAGGUACUUCCUGGAAUAAAAGCAUUUUCUCAAAGCGGUGACCCGCUGUAGAAACUCUCUUGAAACACUGGACUCUGCAGGUCUCCUAUAUUGUAAAGAACUGGAGCAAUCACUUUAGCUACACCCUGUUCUCAGAGGCUGUUUGUAAUUGGUUUCUUAUCUGCACUGGAAAACAAUGCACAUUUAAAAUGCAAAUUUACUUUGAAGUUGAAACUAAAUCCUUGAUCACUGGACCACACUUGAAUGUGUCAGAUCAGUAACUGACAAAUGUAGGGGCUGAAUUCUGAAUCUUUUAAACCGAACGGGCAACUUCUUGGAUGCUUUUGGAUUCGGUCCAGCGAUCUGUAGACUUUAUCCCAUUUAAAAGCAUUGAUGGCCCUCUGUUUUUUAAACGGUUCUCCUUUAGGUUAUAUGCAGCCACAUGGUACAUUUAUUUAGCAAGCACAGAAUUCAAAUUAACUUUCUUUCUUGAGUGGGUGUAACCCAAACAUUUAAACUUCAACUCCCCAAUGACUGGGGAGGAGUGACAAUUGAGCAUGUGGUCAAAAUAGCUAGGGAAAUGCCAUUUAAGAGCAGGUUUUGUCACACAGUAUUUAUAUUAAAACGGCAGCCAACAAUAUCUCUUUAUGGGACACAACUCAGUGGUGGCUGGUGGAUGGCUGGGCAACAAUCAGUUACCAACUUGGCAAAUUAAAGCAUUAGAAACACAAGAGCAUUUCAUAUAAGUUGGUACCAUGAUAUUGCCAGGUGUUUGUCCCCAUUGACUCUCGUUAUAUAACAAGGGAUGUUAUUAUUUGCAGUUGUCACGGUACUGUAGGUCUCAGUAGCACACUGAUGCGAUUCUAAAAACAAUUUUGUAAAACAAAAUGCUAAAAUAAUUUUGUGUAAAUAUAUAUUUUUUGUAUCUUUUUUUAGACAACAUUUUCCGCAUACCUUUUAGAGUUGAUACUGCAGACGAAUCAAAUAUAGAUUGCUAGAAUUUGAAUAUUUGUGCAAAAUAAAGGUAUUGUUACAUUGUUGUGUGCUCUGUUUCUGUAUCAUUCUAAUUUUAAAUAAAAUCGAAUUCGUGUUCUGGUAACAAGGCUAGUUUGACUUUCAGGGCCAAAACUAACAGAGAUUACCCCAAAUCUUGUAGCAUCAGCAGUUAACAGAAGUACCUGGGCACAAAUAUGUUUCCCUUUAAGUAACUAAUUUAUUUACUAUCAUUAAAAUUAACCUACUGGGUGUUUUUUAUAUAUUAU